GACUCGCGCGCGCCCUCCCGAGUCCCGAUCCCCCACCCCACUCGCGCGCCCUUCCCCGAUCGCCCUCCCGAUUCCCAUCCCAGCCAGCAACCCUAGGCGGCGACGCACGGCUGUGCGGCACGGCGGCUGGCGGAGAGGGCUGGCUGGGCGGCGAGCCGUCUAGGGCAGGCGAUCAGGCGGAGCUGCGGAGGCCGGAGCGGGAGAGCUGGAGCAGCGCAGGCAAGGGGCAACCGAGCAAGCCGGCAGUGGCAAGGGCAACCAAGCCCUUAACCUUAAAAGAUUCACAGUACUUCACCGCGACAGAUACUCCACCGCGUAGCGAUGGCUCGGCCAAUCGUGACUUUCUCGAGCCUCCGCGAGGCCGAGGAUAACAGGCAGGGCCGGAGUAUCGAUGAGGUUGCAUUCCAAUUGGACGAGCAGACCUCGCUCGUCAAUGCAGACGAUGUCAAGGUCAUCACCCGUCCAGGAGUGCAUGGAUUUGAGUUGGUAAACCCAGAGCUCCUUGAUUGCAAAAGCCGCACAAAAACAAGUCUGGAGAAGGCCUACCGGCGUAUGUUUAAAGCCUGUAUGGAACGGUGCGACAACGAUCUCCUCACUGUGGAGGCUCGCAUCGCGAGCUUGAAGCGAAGCCUCGCCAUCCCUAACGAGGACAUACCACACAUGGGGCCUCCAGCGAAUGAGCGGAAUCAAGUCAUCCAGCAAGUGAUGUACCUUCCGUCAUUGUAUGGAGAGUUUCCCCGUUACGAGUAUGCUCCAAAUCCUAACAUACCUUUCAGAGAACCUUUCAAUGUCAAUGAUAGACCAGCCGCCAUAAACCGUGACAAACUUUCCCAGAAAGCUUGGUGGAAGGUUAACCUAACUUUUUUGGAGACCAAAAAGAAGGUUUUGGAGGAGAUGAAGAUAGAUUUGGAGAGGAAGCUUACGGCUGCCAUGGAGAUUGCUAUGGAGGCCCCAUCCUUCCUGGGUUGUGGAUAUACAGACUACUCUUUUCUUCAUACAUAGCUGUCACGCAACGACAGAGGCCUAGGUGUAUUCUUCACAAGAAGGGGCUUGUCAGAAUAGAGUCAGUGGCAGCGUCAAUCUGCUAUCCAAUGGCCGUUUAUUCAGUAAAGGGGCUGUUUAGCGCCUAAGUCUUAUUGUCGGUUGUUAAACGGUGUUUACUGACUGUUAAGCUGGUCUUGUAAGUUAAUCGUUUGGCCAUCGCGUUAUAGGCGUUGGACCGAGUCAGGUCAGGUCAUUCAGAUCUUGAUCUCAUCUGAGACCUAGCUAGGGAGUAGUUUAGCUGUAGUUGGCCAUCUCGUUGGUGGUUGAGGAGAUCAAACUUCACCUGUAUCUCGGUUUAUCCCUAGAAAUACAGCUAUCUGUCCUGGCUAUUGCCUGCC